GUCAGAGGGUAUCCACAGGGGCCAUCCCAACCCGGGGCUGGGGACUGGCCCAACACCUUCUCUGCACCAAGAUCAUGACUCUGGGCAAACCCUGUUUAUCAGAGCAGUGAAGGGCCUAUUUAUAGCCUCAGCUGCUCCUUUCUCUGGGUCACGGGUGAGGGGGCAGGGUGGCUCCUCAGAGCAAGGGUGGCAGUCAGGCGAGGGAACCAGCCCUGCCCAGCUGCUGCGGCCCAGACUCCUGGAUCCCCCGCCCUGGGCCCCCCUGCCAUGGCGGAGGAGACCUUCCCCUUCACCUCCUCCACCCUGCGCUCUCUCCGCCUGCAGCGGGAGUGGCUGGAAUGGGAGGACCGGCGGCGGGCAGCAGCCCAGCAGUGCCGGAGCCAAAGAUGCCCCCCAAGUUCCCAGGCCCGGCUCACUAGGCCACGCCGCUCCUGCCGGGACCCAGCUGUGCACAAUGCCCUGUUCUCCGGUGAGCUACAGCAGAUCCAAGCCCUGUUCCAAGAUGAAGACGCUGCCAACAUGAUUGUGGAGACUGUGAGCAACCAGCUGGCCUGGUCAGCUGAACAGGGGUUCUGGGUGCUGACCCCCAAGGCCAAGCACACUGCACCUCUCACCAUUGUUGCUGCCCGAGGCUACACCAACUGCGCCCGCUACCUGAUCCGGCAGGGAGCUGAGCUGGAUGCUCGGGUUGGGGGCCGGGCAGCCUUGCACGAGGCCUGUGCCCGGGCCCAGUUCGACUGUGUGCAGUUGCUGGUGACCUUCGGCGCCAAGGUCAACGUGUUGUCCGAGGAAGGCACAACCCCCUUGCACCUCUGCACAGUCCCCGAGUCCUUACAGUGCGCCAAGCUGCUGCUGGAGGCCGGAGCGACUGUGAACUUGGCCGCGCGAGACAGUGAGGUGACGCCCCUGCACGUGGCCGCGGCACGCGGCCUGGAGAAGCAUGUGGCUCUCUACCUGGAGCACGGCGCCGAUGUGAACCUGCGCACCAGCCAGGGUGAGACGGCCCUGAACGCGGCGUGCGCUGGGGCCGAGGGGCCAAGCAGCAGCCGUCGCCACCAGGCCGCCGCGCGCCGGCUUCUGGAGGCUGGGGCCGAUGCCCGGGCGGCCGGACGCAAGCGCCACACGCCGCUGCACAACGCCUGUGCCAACGGCUGCGGGGGCCUGGCCGAGCUGCUGCUGCGCCACGGGGCCUGUGCUGCGGUCCCCAACGGAGCGGGCCACACGCCCAUGGACUGCGCACUGCAGGCUGUCCAGGACGCCCCCAACUGGGAGCCCGAGGUCCUCUUUGCCGCGCUGCUGGACUAUGGGGCCCAGCCUGUACGCCCAGAGAUGCUGAGACACUGUGCCAACUUCCCUCGGGCCCUAGAAGUCCUGCUUAAUGCCUACCCUUGUGUCCCAUCCUGUGAUACCUGGGUGGAGGCCGUGCUUCCUGAGUUGUGGCAGAUCCAAAAGGCCAAGUGAAGAUAGAGAAGUACCCUCUAGUCCUGGGGCCAAGCCAGGAGCCUCACUCUCAGGGGAGGAUACUCAGCUGUCUCCCCCUUUAGAGCAGGCAGACCGCAGUAAGCGUGGCUUUUUCUGUUGUUGUUACAAUGACAAGAUACCCAAUUUAAAAAGUCCCAAAGACGCAUGUGAUUAUGUAUCUGAUUUUGGGAUGAGAUGUUUCUAUGUAAAAGCAUAGAAGAAAAAAGACUCAUCUGGAUACAGACUUAUCUGGAUACAGAAAAAAAUUUAAAUUUGGUUAUAAAAGCACUGAAUCAUAAACACAAGUAAAAGGCAAAAUGUUGACAAAAGUAUCUGCCACUAAAAGAUUUCAUUUUCUUGAUUUCUAAGGGCAGGAAUGACAUCUCUUUUAUUUACCAUUGCUGACUUGGUGCUUGUACAGUGUCUUGCAGAGAGUGGACGCACAAAUAUCUGUCAAAGUAAUGAAUGGUCAUGCUCAGCCUCACCAGUAAUUAAGGAAAUGCAAAUUAAAACAACAAUAAGAUAUAAUUCUCUUACUAGAUUGAGGGACUGUUUUUUCUGGCUGUGCCAACACAGUUUGCAGGAUCUUAGUUCCCUGACCAGGGAUUGAAUCGGGCCACUGUGGUGAAAGCACCGAGUCCUAACCACUGGACCACGAGGGAAUUCCUGCGGGGGGUACAUUUUAAAGACUAAUACGCAGUACCUGUGAUGAUUUGGAGACACAAGUUCUUGCUCAUCCUAGGGGGUCAGAAAGGAAACUGCCUCUUUGAUGGGCAAUUAAGCAAUGCCCUUCAAUUGCUCCCCAGUUACACCAAAGGCUGGUACACAUGGCAGUAUUCAUCCCAGCCUUGCUUGCAACAACUCGACAUGUGGGAAAUGGUAAACAAAUCCACACUGUGGAAUAUAAUUCAGUCCUUACAAAGGGUAUACCCGCAGCAGGAGAGAUCUGGGCAUAGAGUCCAAGUGACGAGCACAUGUACUGCCUUGGGAAAGAUUACCAAGACUAUUACCAAGGUUGAAAUAUAACAUGUACAGCAAGCAAAACCAAACCUCAUGAUUGGAGCUGAAUAGAAAAAGGCCUGAAAGGCAGAUGCCCAAGAAUUUCCUCUGAGGAGAGAGGAACUGUGCCAGUGGGGCUUUUUAUGGUCUGCAUUUGAAUUUUUGACAAAGGGGUGUACCCAUGGAUUCUUGGGAAAUUUAAAGAAAAAUUGAAGGGAAGAGAAGGCAAAAGGCCUAAAUUGUUAAUUUACAAGGUGGUUGAUGACACAUGACAAAUGUGCUAGCUUACCAGCGAUCCAGUGAAUGUAAAUUAAAGGAGCAGACACCCCUCUGCCUAGCAAAGGGGCAAACGUGAAACAACUUAUCUAGUGGUCAGGGAAGGAGUACUUUCUGAUUUUUUUAUAAAAUGGAUUUACUAUAAAUGUAUUCAGUUAAGGCAACAUCCAAGAUUCACAGAUACAUUCAUCACUCCGUAGCCAUCAUAAUUUGACAUAAAGGUAUAAAAAUACCCAAGUUCAAUAUUUUAGGGAAAAUAAACAGAUAAGGAUCUAAGACCCACUGAAAUGUUAAUUUUAAAUGAUUAUUACAUAUAAGAGGCCAGCUUUAGACAGUGAUGUAGUCCCAACUAAGUCUUCAUUCUUUCCUUUCUUUUCUCCUCAUAAUUCCUCCACUGUCAAAAACCUAACCCCAGGGCUUUCCUGGUGGUACAGUGAUUUAAGAAUCUGUCUGCCAAUGCAGGGUAUAUAGGUUCGGUCCCUGCUGUAGGAAGAUCCCACAUGCCACAGAACAACUAAACCCAGGCACCACAAUCACUGAAUCUGGGCUCUAAACCCCACGAGCUGCACACUAGAGCCUGUGCUCUGAAACAAGAGAAGCGACCAUAAUAACAAGCCCACAUACGGUAAUGAAGAGUAGUCCCCGCUCACUGCAAAUAGAGAAAGCCUGCAUGCAGCAACGAAGCUCCACCACAGCCAAAUUAUAUAUAUGUAUGUGUAUAUACAUAUAUGUAUAAUAAAUCUUGAAAAGCCCUAAUCCCAAAAGUCCCUCUUUCAAAAGGUGGCCCUAGUGGUAAAGAACCCGUCUCCCAAUGCAGAAGAUGCAAGAUGCGGGUUUGAUCCCUGGGUCAGGAAGAUCCCCUGGAGGAGGCCAUGGCAACCUAUUCCAUAUUCUUGCCUGGAGAAUCCCAUGCACAGAGGAGUCUGCGGGCUACCAUUCAUAGGGUUGCAAAGAGUCAGAGUGACUUAGCAUAGCAGGACUCAGAACACCCUUAACUGCAUCCUGUCCUUUGCUGUACACAUUCACAAAAUGCAUCCCUAGCUCUUCCCCCAUCUUCUCUGAAUUGCAUCUAUCAUUCGUUUAAUAAAUUUUUAUCAAGUAUUUGCUGCAUGCAGGCACUGGAUAGACUUUGGGAAUACUGGAAUAAAAACAAAACUUAGUUCCUGCCCUCACAGAAUUUGGUAAGACAGAAAAAUGAAAAAUGACAUGUAGCGUGGGGAAUGUGGGGAAUGCUAUAUAACACAGGGUGCAUAUCCCUAAUCCUGAAUAAAUGGAUCAGGUAUCCGGGGCUGUAGGCAAGACAGAUUUCCCACAUCCUCUGCAGGGCAAGCCCUAGUUGCUGGCUCAGCCCUUCCUGGCUUCAGAGGCCACUGCUCAGUCAUUGAUUCCCUUCUCAGAUUGCAUUUAUCUUCACUUCUCCCCUUCUCCUCUGUUCUUUCCUCGUGGCUUAUACACAUCUUUAGGAUUCUCCUAUUUCUCUAAACUUCCCCCAUCUAUUCCCUGUUCCUCUCUAGCCUCUACACUGUUUGGGGGGACAAGAAGAUUAUUAGGGCUCUCCUGACACAGCUGAAGCGACUUAGCAGCAGCAGCAGCACACUGUUGAUAGGCAUGAAAAUAGGUACAACCUUCUAGAGAACAACGCAGCACCAUAGAGCAAAAAUCUUAAAAAUGUGAACAUCCUUUGACCCAGC